AUGUUUCCCGCCGCUAUUCGCUGUGCUCGCCGGCUCACGUCAUGCCCCGUCAGCACCGUCUACGCGCGUGGCUUCGCGGCGUCGCAAAACACUCCGGAAGCCCCUCCGCCAUCAUCCAAGCCCGAGCCGCAUGCCGACCUCAAUACAGUGCUGGAGCGCAACAUGAACACGCUGCUGGUCACGGAGCUGGCGCGCGGCAUGGGCCUCACGCUCAAGUACUUCUUCGAUAAGAAGCUCACUAUCAACUACCCGUUUGAGAAGGGCCCUCUGAGUCCGCGCUUCAGGGGCGAGCACGCCCUGAGGCGCUACCCCACUGGCGAAGAGCGCUGCAUCGCAUGCAAGCUCUGCGAGGCCGUGAGUGGAAGGGGGCAGGGAUGCGGUGGGGGGAGGGGGGUGGGUCCAAGCUAUAUUUCAAACUACAAGAACUGGCGACAACUGCACCCCUCUCCCUCUCUCUUUCCUUCCGUUUCUCCCUCUCUUUCCUUCCGUAUCUCCCUUUGUUUCCCUCCGUAUCUCCCUCUCUUUCCCUCCGUAUCUCCCUCUCUUUCCCUCCGUAUCUCCCUCUCUUUCCCUCUGUAUAUCCCUCUCUUUCCUUCCGUAUCUCCCUCUCACUUUCCCUCCGUAUCUCCCUCUCACUUUCCCGCUGUAUCUUCCUCUUACUUUCCCUCCGUAUCUCCCUCUUUCUAUCCCUCCGUAUCUCCCUCUUUCUAUCCCUCCGUAUCUCCCUCUCUUUCCCUCCGUAUCUCCCUCUCUUUCCCUCCGUAUCUCCCUCUCUUUCCCUCCGUAUCUCCCUCUCUUUCCCUCCGUAUCUCCCUCUCUUUCCCGCUGUAUCUCCCUCUCUUUCCCGCCGUGUGCCCGGCCCAAGCCAUCACGAUCGAAGCAGAGGCCCGUGAGGAUGGCAGCAGGCGAACCACGAGGUACGACAUAGACAUGACCAAGUGCAUCUACUGCGGGCUGUGCCAGGAGGCGUGCCCCGUGGACGCCAUCGUGGAGGGCCCCAACUUCGAGUUCGCCACCGAGACCCACGAGGAGCUGCUGUAUGACAAGGAGAAGCUGUUGGAGAAUGGGGACCGGUGGGAGACGGAGAUUGCCAACAACAUGCAGACCCAAUCCCUCUACCGCUGA